AUGUUCGGCUCCCGGGCUAUCUCGACAAGCGCCGCUCGCCUGGCCGCCCGGCAACAGCGACUCAGCGUCGAGAGCUCCUGGUGCCGGCCGUCUCGCUACAUAAAAAGCCAGCCGGCCCGAAGCUUCAGGAACUCGGCGAGAUGCAGGGAAGAAGACGUGAGGAGGCAGGAUUCCUUCAAGGGCCAGCUGUACGAAAGUACUCAGCAGCGAUUGAACCGAGAGCGUGCAGAGCUCGAUAGGUUUGCGCGGAUGCAGAGGCAAUCACCACACCUGCAGUAUACCGCGAUGACCAUAACGGUCGUCGUUACUGCCCUGGGUUGCUACUUUCUCGGUACUUUAAAGCCAGCAGAGCUUCCAGCGUCAUCUACCACCUCCCUUAGCGAUGCUCAGGCGCCGCAGCAUAACCUCUCCCGCUCGAAUCUACAAGCUGCCUGGGCCGAUUUUUGUGAAAUAGUAGGAAAGGAAAACGUUUCUACAGAGCAGGAUGAGCUAGAUGGACACGCAGGAUCGGCAUGGUCGUCAUAUAAGGUCAAAGAAAACGAACGGUCAUUCCUCGUCGUCUUUCCGUCAACAACAGAGGAAGUUUCUCGCAUCAUGAAAGUCUGCCAUGUUAGACUCAUCCCCGUCACCCCGUAUUCUGGCGGGACCAGUCUUGAGGGUCAUUUUUCACCGACACCUGGUGGUGUUUGCAUCGACUUCUCCCGUAUGAACAAGGUAGUGACCUUGCACAAGGACGAUUUGGAUGUGGUUGUACAGCCAGCGGUGGGCUGGGAGGAGUUGAAUGAGGAGCUUGCAAAGGAUGGCUUAUAUUUCCCGGUUGACCCUGGCCCCGGAGCUAUGAUCGGAGGAAUGGUUGGAACCGGCUGCUCAGGGACCAAUGCAUACAGAUAUGGAACUAUGAGAGAAUGGGUCAUCUCGUUGACGAUGGUACUCGCAGAUGGAACUGUUAUCAAGACUAGACAGCGGCCGCGGAAAUCAAGCGCCGGAUACGACCUUACAAAGCUGUUCAUCGGUAGCGAGGGUACCCUUGGGUUGGUCACAGAAGCUACCCUCAAGCUAACAGUCAAACCCAAAAGUGAGAGCGUGGCCGUUGCGUCUUUCCCGUCAGUUCACCGUGCUGCCGAAUGUGUGGCCAAAAUCGUGGGAGAAGGGGUGGAACUCGCCGGCCUCGAAAUAUUGGACGAUGUCCAGAUGAAGUGCAUAAAUGAUAGCAAAACAACGCGACGCACCUGGAACGAGGCCCCGACGUUGUUCUUGAAAUUCACCGGCACACAAACCGGCAUCAAUGAACAGAUCAAAAUCGUCAAGGGUCUGGCAAAGAGCACAGAAAGCCAGUCGUUCGAGUUCGCCCAGGGAAGGGAUGAAAUGACCGAACUAUGGAGUGCACGCAAAGCAGCCCUGUGGAGCGUGAUGGCAAAGAAGAGAGAGAACGAUCGUGUCUGGUCCACCGAUGUGGCUGUUCCUAUUAGCAGACUCCCUGAUAUUAUCGAGCAAACCAAAGAAGAUAUUGUGAAAAACGGGCUUUUAGCUGGCAUCUGCGGCCAUGUUGGCGACGGCAACUUCCACGCAAUCCUACUUUUCAACGAUAGCGAGCGCGCCGUCGCCGAGGGCAUCGUGCACCGCAUGGUGAAGCGAGCCGUCGAGAUGGAGGGAACAGUCAGUGGUGAGCACGGCGUUGGCCUUGUAAAGCGAGACUACCUUGACCACGAACUCGGCGAGUCAACAGUGGACACAAUGCGCAAGAUUAAACAAGCCCUCGAUCCGCUUGGCCUUCUCAACUGCAACAAGGUUGUUCGCGUGGAGCUUCCAGGAGCUGGAGAAGUUAAGAGUUGUAGCCAGUCGCCUUGCUCUCGCCAUACCGAGUCGACCCUCAUCUUCGCCUGGUGUGCUAUCCCAGUCUACGCUAACUAUGACGCAGCCGGUGGUCGCUUCGGUCGCUACUUUGGACUCCGCAUACUGACCCACGACCGAGCUACAAAACCGUAUAUAAAUCGCUAA